UAUUAGCCAUUCAUUUAAUGAAAAAGAGGCAGAAAAAGAAGAGCCAAAAGAAACGUUUAUGGGUUAGUCUUCUAAUCCAAAAACGAAAAGAACAUGGUUUUUAUCAUGCGUUACUCCCAACUUUGAGACUGGAAGAUUUGCGAUUUCAAAACUAUUUUCGCAUGUCAGCUAUGCAACUUGAGGCUUUAUUAGAAAUUGUAGGGCCGCAUUUGCAGGGACUGUAUGUUGUACGCGAGCCUAUAAGUCCAGCAGAACGUCUAACUUUAACUUUGAGAUAUCUUGCAUCAGGAGAUUCGAUGACCUCUAUGAGUUUUCAAUAUUUAGUAGGUUUAACUACUGUAAGUGAAAUCAUCAGUUCAACGUGUAAAAUUAUCUGGGAUCAACUGUAUCCACUAAUUCUUCCGCCUACUAUUAAUGAACAGGAAUGGAAACGCAUCGCUCAGGACUUUAAUGAUUUGUGGGAUUUUCCACACUGUAUUGGGGCAAUUGAUGGGAAACACGUUACAAUUCAGUGUCCAAACAAUGCAGGAUCAAAUUUUUAUAAUUAUAAGAACAGCCACAGUAUUGUUUUACUAGCCAUUUGUGAUGCGCAUUACAAUUUUCUCUUCGUGGAUAUUGGUGCGUAUGGUCGGCGCAGCGAUGGAGAUGUAUUUAAAGAGAGCACCUUUAGAGGACAAAAAUUUGAAGCAAGCACAAUAAAAGUUCCCAAAGAAGAAUGUAUUUCUGCUGGAGGACCAUUGCUACCAUAUUGCCUUGUUGGAGAUGAGGCGUUUCCACUUAAGCCAUACUUGCUUCGGCCAUACCCACGAGGAUGCAAAAAGACAUUGAAUGCAGAUCAACAUGUUUAUAAUUAUCGAUUAAGUCGUGCCAGAAGGAUCAUCGAAAACGUCUUCGGAAUUCUGGCAAGUCAAUGGAGGAUCUACAGAAAACCAAUUAUUACCAGCGUAGACACAGCCAUGAGCAUGAUUAAAAGUACAAUUUGCUUGCAUAAUUGGCUUCGUAAAGACUCCAAGAACAACUUUUAUGUAACAUCCGACCUAUUGGAUAAAGAAACAGCAGAUGGUGUGCACAUUCUAGGUUCAUGGAGAACAAUAAUAGAAAAUGAAUGUGCUUUUACAGACAUAUCCAAUUGUGGCACACAUAAUAGUACUCGAGAAGCCAUCAGAAUUAGAGAACUUUUCUGCCAAUAUUUCAAUAAUGAAGGUGCCGUACCAUGGCAGUGGGACCAAUAA